UAGAGAAAGGAAAAUGCCACUAUUGACGUUUGUUCGCAGCUUGUGUUGACAUUUGUGAUGUGAUUGUGAUGUGUGAUUUCUGACAAACAGCUGUGAAGUCGUGUGUGGUUUCUGUGUAAAAAGAAUUUUAAAAUAUUUUUUUAACAUGAAAAGACCAUGAAAGUAAAAUAUCCUGUGAUUUCAGAAAAGUUGUGAUAGUAUUUUUAAUCAAAUCGUACCUUUUUAAAACAUAUAAUCAGAAUGGUUUAGGAAAAUAUUGACCUCUUAUUAAGUCUCAAUAUUAGCCUUUGAAACCAUGCUUGGCCCAUGUACUAAAUUAAUAUUGAAUUAAUUAAUAAAGCGCGUGCAAUGGUAGGGACCACUGAAAAAAUGGGGACCACAGCCCCAGCAGGGACCACGGAAACAAGUGGUCAAACUAUAGGAUCCACUUCACAAGGACACUGUAAAGGACAUAGAAGGCAGGAAUCAAUGUAUGCAAUGACUGGCUUAUACUCUGAAAGCAUUCCUGAAGAACAGGGUGGUUCUUGUCCAGAUAAGAGUACCUCAAAGUGUACAACGUUUUGUCAUGGUACGGACACUAUCAUUAAAUGCCACAGCAGAAACCCCUCGGCUAAUUUCGAUCCUCACAGGGCAAUGCAAUCUGCUGUUGGCUCCCUGGCUCGAACUAAUGAACAGCCUUUAAUGUUAGGAAACACCAAACAGUGUGGCAUACUAGGUUUUAGACCCUCAUGCCUUCAAAAUCUUGCAAGUAUUAAAACUUUUGUACUACUGUUAUCCUUCUUAGUCACACUGCAACAGGCGUUAAGUUCAGGAUACAUUAAUUCUGUGAUAACAACAAUAGAAAAAAGGUUUGAGAUCCCUUCAAGUCUCUCUGGUUUAGUUGCAUCAUCUUAUGAAAUAGGAAAUGUGAUAACAGUUAUAUUUGUAAGCUACUUGGGUAGUCGACGCCACAUACCCGUAUGGAUUGGCGUCGGAUCAGUUUUAAUGGGAAUAGGCUCCCUUAUAUUCAUGGUACCGCAUUUUAUCGCAGAUGAAAACGUCGGUAUCGCGAUGCUAAAUAACACUGAAGAUAAUAUGUGCAGAGUUGUAACUGUGCAUGACCGAGACAUGGGGCUUGGAAGGCUUUCUUCGGGGCUAUCGUCACCUCCAUUAGCCCCAAACAACAUCAGAGGUGACAACUGCAUUAGGGGUUCACCUUCUACCACAGCCCCCGUUUUGUUGUUUGUCGUCGCUCAGUUACUACUGGGCUGUGGGGGGUCGCCUUUAUUUACUCUAGGAACUACUUAUGUAGAUGAUCACGUCAGGCCUGAGAGUUCCUCUAUUUAUAUAGGAUGUAUGUACAGUAUGGCCGCGUUUGGUCCUGUUCUGGGAUUCCUUCUUGGAGCAUAUUUACUUUCGUUUCACAUGGACUCUUUUUCGAAAAUAAUCUCCAUCAGUGCGGGAGAUAAGCGCUGGAUUGGUAUGUGGUGGGGCGGGUUCCUUUUAUGCGGCUUUCUGCUGAUCGUCGUGGCGAUUCCUUUCUUUUCCUUUCCCAAAGUGCUGGUCCACGAAAAGGAAAAAAUACGGUUGAUGGAAAAGAAAGCAGCGGAACAAGGCAGCAACUCAAACAGCACCAACAAAGAAAAAGAGAAGAUUGCAGCAAACCCCAUCAAGAAGGAAGAAGAUCCAGCCUAUGGAAGGGAUAUCAAAGAUAUUCCUAAAUCAAUGUGGAAGCUUGCUUCUAAUCCUGUAUACAUGGUGACAUGUUUAGGCGCUUGCACGGAGCUGAUAAUCGUCUCUGGGUUUGUAGUGUUUCUUCCAAAAUAUUUGGAAACGCAGUUCAGUUUAGGUAAAAGCCAGGCAAGCGUUUUUACAGGAUCAAUCGCAAUUCCCGGAGCUUGCAUAGGUAUCUUCAUUGGAGGGCUGAUCUUGAAGAAGAUGGAACUGAGACCUAAGGGCGCCGUUCAGUUCGUGCUCAUCUCCAAUUCGAUUUGCCUUCUGUGCUACGGUCUGUUAUUUUUUUUGGGGUGCGACAAUUUAAAGAUGGCGGGCACGACCAUCCCUUACUUCAACAGCACUCAGCCCUUCCAGGUGAAUUUGACGGCUUCCUGCAACUUCGGCUGCGAGUGCAGCAUGAACGAUGUGGAACCGGUUUGCGGCAACAACGGGCUCACUUAUUUCAGUCCGUGCCAUGCGGGGUGCACGUCUAUUUUAAGCUCUAAUUAUACCAACUGUGCCUGUAUACAUGGGAAUAUGAGUUUAAAAAAUAAUUCUUCCUUAAAUUACGCUUCCCCACUGGAUAGUGGCUAUUCAGAGGUUACCAUAGUGCCUGUGGCUACCGCAGGGCCCUGCAACUCGCAAUGUCACACCAUAUAUCCUUUUUUGAUAUUGUUGUUUUUUAUGACGUUUAUAGUAGCUAUCACACAGAUGCCUUUAUUGAUGAUCGUCCUGAGAUCCGUCGAUGAAGAGGAAAGGUCGUUCGCCUUAGGCAUGCAGUUUGUAAUAUUUCGCUUGUUCGGAUACAUCCCCGCGCCUAUAUUGUUUGGAAAUUUGAUUGAUUCCACUUGUUUGCUAUGGAAAAGCACCUGUGGCACAAAAGGAGGCAGGUGUCUCUUGUACGAUAUAGAACAGUUCAGGUACAGGUAUGUGGGUUUAUGUGGCAGCAUAAAAAUAUUAGCAUUAGGAAUAUUUCUAAUCGAUUGGUGGCUGAUAAAACGAAGAAAAUUAAUAGACGAGGAAAAAGUAAUGACCCCGAAAGAAAUAGUCGGGUCAAUUAUAAGUUUAGAUAAAUUAUUUUCGGAUAUGCACAGCAGGGGUCACUCGAGGUGUCACUCCAGAAACCCGAGCUCCGUCACAAACCACGAUUUUAACCCAAACACGGCAAAAACCAUUAAAUUAGUGAAGGAGGCCUUAGAAGCGCAUACGGCAAAAGAAAACAUUAAAACAGAGGCGUCCUCAAGUGUUGGGGCAGAUUUAGAGAACACUAAUAAGGAUUAAUCAUUUAAGUACAUAGUUAUUCAUUAAUUUAAACUAAACAAACACAAAAAAUAAUUUCAAUAAUUCUGAUUUGUGAAGUAUUAUAUUUAUUAGAUAUUAUUUUUAAAAAAAUGCCCUUACCAAAUUUGGUAAUCUUAAGUACUAACGGUAUCAUUAAUUGGUUAUUAAUCUGUUUAGGUUGCAAAGCAAAUUAAAUAAAAAAAAUAUCGAAGAUCUUGGCAGGUAGAGGACGAGCCAACAAAUGCAUAAAAUAUAUUUACAUAAUAAUUUUAAAUUUCAAAAAAGAUGUUUACGAAUUUUUACGGAUAUAUAAGUAUAAGAACGACACGAUAUUAAAAUAUUCAGCCAAUAUUAACUACAAAAAAGAAAAUAAUGACUGUCCUUGAACUGCCAACAACAGAUUAAAACUAAUACGGUCGCUUAUUAUUUGAAUAAUCCAGUUUAUAAUUGUUGACAUCUAAGAUCUAAAAUGUUCACUCCAAAAGCAUAUCUCUAGAAACGUUCGGGUGUGUGAAAAGCCGAUUUUUACACUUGCUUUCGAAGUUACACUGCCUAGCUGCCCACACAAAAUCCAACAAAUAACAACAGUUUUAUUUAGAGUUAGGAUUCUUUAAAACUUUAGAAUUUUUUAAUCUCUGAAAACAGUCACGAGCACCUAAGGAGAAGCGUUACAUAUCAGCAGAAUAUAGGAAGACUUUCAAUUCUAUUUUUAAAUUGUUCUUGUAACUUAGUUCCAGGCAGAAUUUAAACUGCGUGCGUAGCUCUAAAUAAAAAAGUAAUUUCGUUGUUUACCAGAGGCGUAGCCAGAGGAUUUUAACGGAAAAGCGAGUAAAGCGUCUUGAGUGUCCCGACCAAAGGCGCGUAGCGUUUAGCGGUUCUUAAUACAAAAAUAUACACUUUAAACGCUUUACUCGCUAUCUGUGGCCGUGGGCGAAAACUUGCUACGCCUCUGUAUUGGCGUUUCCCUUAUGAGUAGAGUUGACAUAGCAUAGUCUUUUAAUUAUGAUGCUAACUUAUUAUAUUCAACAUCUGUAAGCUAGUGGCAAAAUGAAAGUGCAAAUAGAAUAGGACUGAUUUAUCUGAAUUAUUAACUAAAAGAUAUUAUUUAUACAAUUAAUGAUCUCUUUCAUUGUUCUUUUUUUUUAUGAUUAUACUCCUAAUACUGCCAACUAUUUGAGGCAACUUAUACACUAGUUUUUUAAUUGUAACUUGUAUACUUAUUUUUCCAUUUAUUUUAAUUUGGCAAUACUUAGAGACCUAACGAUAGAUUUACCUAGGUAUUGCUAAAAAACAUUCCAUAUAGCUUAAAAAUCUAUUCUGUACUUAACAGUACAUUGUAUUUGCUUAUUACGUCAAGAUAAAAUAUAGCCUGUACUAAUUUACCUUAAUUUGCAGUUGAUUGUUAAGUAUUUUAGUUUCUUACUUAAGUACUAUGGUUAAUUAUCAAUAUCGAAUGAAAAGAUCUGACAGCAAUAUGAUGUGAUUGAAUAUUUAAUAAUAUAAGAUGACUUGUACUUUGUAUUUUGAAUAAAAGUUAUGAAGUU